AUGGGGCUGCAGCCCUUGGAGUUCAGCGACUGCUACCUCGACAGUCCGUGGUUCAGGGAGAGGAUCCGCGCCCACGAAGCGGAGAUCGAGAGGACCAACAAGUUCAUCAAAGAGCUCAUUAAGGAUGGAAAGAACCUCAUCGCGGCGACCAAAAGUCUCUCGGCAGCCCAGCGGAAGUUCGCCCACUCGCUCAGAGACUUUAAGUUCGAGUUUAUCGGCGAUGCGGAGACGGACGACGAGCGCUGCAUAGAUGCUUCCUUGCGCGAAUUUUCUAAUUUUUUGAAGAACCUGGAAGAACAGAGAGAAAUCAUGGCGUUAAGUGUCACUGAAACCCUGAUUAAGCCAUUGGAGAAAUUCAGAAAGGAGCAACUGGGAGCCGUAAAGGAAGAAAAGAAGAAGUUUGACAAAGAGACAGAGAAGAACUAUAGCCUGAUUGAUAAACAUUUGAAUUUAUCAGCAAAAAAGAAAGACUCACAUUUACAAGAGGCAGACACGCAAGUGGAGCAGACGCGGCAGCACUUCUAUGAACUAUCUCUCGAGUAUGUGUGUAAGCUGCAGGAAAUCCAGGAGAGAAAGAAGUUUGAAUUUGUGGAGCCUAUGCUGUCAUUUUUUCAGGGAAUGUUCACUUUCUACCAUCAGGGCCACGAACUUGCUAAAGAUUUCAAUCACUACAAAAUGGAACUACAGAUCAACAUUCAGAACACGCGGAACCGGUUUGAGGGCACGAGGUCGGAAGUGGAAGAGCUGAUGAACAAGAUCCGGCAGCGCCCCCAGGACCACAAGCGGGCCACCCAGUUCACGGCGGAGGGCUACCUGUACGUCCAGGAGAAAAGGCCUGCUCCCUUCGGGUCCAGCUGGGUCAAGCACUACUGCAUGUACCGCAAGGCGGCCAAGAAGUUCAACAUGAUCCCGUUCGAGCACAGGUCUGGAGGGAAGCUCGGGGAUGGAGAGGCGUUCUUUUUGAAAGAUUGUUCCAGAAGGCACACUGACUCCAUCGACAGAAGGUUUUGUUUUGAUGUAGAAGCUACUGACCGGCCUGGCGUCUCCCUGACCAUGCAGGCGUUCUCCGAAGAGGAGAGGAGGCAGUGGCUGGAAGCUCUGGGCGGAAAAGAAGCCCUGCUCCAUAGUUUUAACCGCGCCAUCGUCCCAAGACCAGAAGGAAGUGCACAGUUGGAUAAGAUGGGAUUCACCAUUAUCAGAAAGUGCAUCAGUGCCGUUGAAUCUCGAGGUAUAAAUGACCAAGGAUUGUACAGAGUUGUGGGGGUGAGUUCAAAGGUCCAGAGACUUCUCAGUAUGUUGAUGGAUGUAAAAACAUGCAAUGAGUUGGACCUGGAGAACUCCGUAGAUUGGGAAGUGAAGACAAUAACAAGCGCCCUGAAACAGUAUCUGAGGAGCCUCCCGGAGCCUCUCAUGACCUACAAGCUGCAUGGGGAUUUCAUCGCUCCUGUCAAAAGUGGGAGCCCAGAGUCUCGUGUGAAUGCUAUCCAUUUCUUGGUGCACAAGCUGCCAGAAAAAAAUAAAGAAAUGUUGGAUAUUUUGGUGAAACACUUAACAAACGUGUCAGACCACUCCAAGCAGAACCUGAUGACUGUGGCAAAUCUGGGAGUGGUGUUUGGACCAACUCUGAUGAGGCCACAGGAGGAAACCGUCGCUGCCAUCAUGGAUCUGAAGUUUCAGAACAUCGUUGUGGAAAUCUUAAUUGAAAAUCACGAAAAGAUUUUUAGGACCCUGCCUGAUGCCACCUUCCCUGAGCCAGUCUCCCUGUCAGCGUCACCCCCAAAUGCUCCACCGAGACAAUCGAAGAGACCAGGCCAGAGGACCAAGCGACCCGUGGCUGUGUAUAAUCUUUGUCUUGAGCUGGAGGAUGGUGACAGCCCUCACCCUGCUAAGGAGGACACCCCCAGCAGCAGUCUGGACUCACUUCCCUCCCCGUCUCCCACAACUGCCGCUGUCCACGGGCUUCCUGGGGCGGACAAAAACCACCUUGUCACGGACGGGGACUCGGCGUCCACUGCCUCAAGCCAGACCCGACCGUCGAUGGUCCAGUGGCUUAACCCGCAGUCUCCGACCACACCCAGCUGCAGCCCAGCUCUUACGCCGUCUUCACCCAAGUUGUCGCCUUGCCUGUUCUCUCCUCCCACCACCGUAGCCGACAAGCCACCUGAAAGCGUCAGCAGCCGGAAAGCUCGAGCGGUGUAUCCAUGCGAGGCAGAACACAGCUCCGAAUUGUCUUUUGAAAUAGGAGCCAUUUUUGAGGAUGUACAAACCUCGAGGGAACCCGGCUGGCUAGAAGGGACUCUGAAUGGCAAGAGGGGGCUGAUUCCACAGAAUUACGUCAAGCUCCUCUAGCGCCUGGCCUGGGAGGGCCCCACCCGCACCCAGGCUCCCACGGACCUCCCUGGGGGCCUCGAACUAACUUCCUCCUCCUGGGCGGAACCCACGGCUGCCCAGACACACGGGAAUUACAGAUCACGGAUCGGCACUCCAGGGGUGGGGAGGGGGACGUACUCCCAGAGGUGGGUGGGGAGGGCACAUGCCGCCCGGAGCUGUGCAGGUCUGUGGAGCAGGAGAAGAAUGUCGGGGCUGACAGAGUGGACUUCGCAUUCGUCGACCCCGGGACGUGGGGCUCUUGAGUAUCCAGGCUCCAGAGCAGGAGGGAGGGCGGCCUUCUGCCUGCGCUUGCUCCCCGCCGGCGGCUGCCACACUGCCAGACGUCUGCCCGCCCGCCCGCCCGCCUGCUGCUGAGACCCGUCCGCCUGCUGCUGAGAUGCUGACGGUACACUCAAGGUGUUUGCUCUCGGCUCCGGCCACGAGCUGCGGAGGGGCCUCGGCCGGGAUCCGGGCAGUGGGCGAAUUGGCCUCAGCCCACAGGUGCUCCUGCCCACUCGGCCGGCCCCUGCGCACUCUCCCCCGGAACACCGUCCUAUUUAUAACAGGCCUCUCCUCGGUGUUUCUCGCCUGUCCGCCCUUUCCCAGCCACCGCCUGUCUGCCCCACGGUCUCUGUAAGUGAAAUAAAGUGUAAUUUACUACGU